UAGCGGUCGAACCGGCGCGAACAUUUGAAGUGUUGCUUAGAAUAAACUCAUAUUAUAAAUCAAUUGAAUAAAUUUAAUAAAAUAAAUUUUUAUUAUUUAUAAAGGCUACUUGGGGUUAUUGGUAAAUUUCGAAAUAAUGCAAAAUGUGCCAGUAAAAGAAGGGAAAUUUUUCUGUUUCUUUUACUCGAAUUGGGUCGAUUAAACGUGUGGACUUUUGCUCUAAUUAAUUACAAUAAAAUAAAAAUUCAUUCUUCUGUGAAGACAACUUUUGCGCGAUAAUAUUAAGUUUAGUUCGUAUAUAUAUAGUUCGCGAUAGAAUAAUUGUCAAUUAUUCUGAGUUACUUCAGAAUUAAUGUUGAGAAAGUGCAUAUCUUUACUAAUUAAUACGGAGACGGAAGCUCGAUGAAUCUUGUAUGCUGCUGAAAUACCACUUGCCACAAACGCAAACUAUGAUCUAAUGUUACUUUUUAUGAUCGCUCUGAUAACAAUAGUUGUGGCUAUAAGUGAGGCUUUCCGGCGAUACCUUAUAUCGGUUGAUUCCACCGGCAACAAUCACAUAGAAGCAAAUAAUCCAUUAUCAGUUUCUGACGCUGAUCGCCCUACCGAAACUACUAAUAUAGUGGAUACCAAAGACAUUGUACACGAUAGUACAAUGGCAGAGAUCAAUGAAGUAAAAGUUGAGGAUACCAGUGAUUUGAAACCAAGUUUCAUUGUUGGUGAGGAUGUCGAUACAAUUCAAGAGGCCAGGGAAGCUGUUGAUGAGUUUCCACAAAAUAUGAACAAAAGUAAAUAUGGCAGUGCCAGUGAUGUUACCGAAAAGAGGAAACGAUUGAGGCCUAGUAUGUCCCGAGGCACUGGUCUUGGUCAAGAUCGUUAUCAACAUCGUGACUUCAUGAUCGCUACUACGGAAGAAUUUGUUAAGAAAUUUGGUGGUACUCGGGCCAUUAACAAGAUUUUAAUUGCUAAUAAUGGAAUAGCAGCUGUAAAAUGUAUGAGAUCGAUGCGUCGUUGGUGUUAUAAUAUGUUUCAAGAUGAGAGAGCUGUUAAAUUCUUAGUUAUGGUUACUCCUGAAGAUUUGCAAGCUAAUGCCGAGUACUUUAAAAUGGCCGAUCAAUAUGUCGGCGUUCAAGGAGGAUCGAACAAUAACAAUUACGCUAAUGUUGAACUCAUUGUGGACAUUGCAACAACACACGAAGUUCAAGCUGUGUGGGCCGGUUGGGGUCAUGCUUCUGAAAAUCCAAAGUUACCUGAAUUGCUGCAUAAAAAUGGCAUUGUGUUUUUGGGACCGCCAGAACGUGCUAUGUGGGCUCUCGGAGAUAAAGUGGCCUCAUCAAUCGUAGCACAGACCGCUGAUAUUCCCACAUUAGCCUGGUCUGGUUCUGAAUUGAAGGCGCAGUACAAUGGUAAAAGAAUUAAAAUUUCUACGGAAUUGUUCAACAAGGGUUGCAUUACUACUGCCGAAGAGGGUUUACAUUCUGCUGCUAAAAUCGGCUAUCCUGUUAUGAUUAAGGCAUCUGAAGGUGGCGGAGGAAAAGGUAUUCGAAGAGUCGAUUCUGCGGAAGCAUUUCCAGCAUCAUUCCGUCAAGUUCAAGCUGAAGUACCUGGUUCUCCCAUUUUUGUUAUGAAACUUGCAUCGGGUGCUAGGCAUUUAGAAGUACAACUUCUAGCUGAUCAAUAUGGGAAUGCGAUAAGCUUGUUCGGUCGAGACUGUUCAAUUCAACGUCGACAUCAAAAAAUUAUUGAAGAAGCUCCAGCUAUUAUUGCACAACCGGAAAUUUUCGAGGAAAUGGAAAAGGCUGCUGUUCGUUUGGCUAAGAUGGUUGGUUAUGUAAGUGCCGGUACCGUUGAGUACUUGUACACAGCCGAAGGAAAUUAUUAUUUCUUAGAAUUGAAUCCACGUCUUCAAGUUGAACAUCCUUGCACUGAGAUGGUAGCCGAAGUGAAUCUUCCAGCUUGUCAAUUGCAGAUUGGAAUGGGCAUUCCGCUGUAUCGCAUCAAAGAUAUUCGACUUCUUUAUGGCGAAAGUCCAUGGGAUGACUAUACGAUCAAUUUCGAAAAUCCACGUCACAAACCACAGCCGAAAGGCCACGUUAUUGCAGCCCGUAUUACAUCAGAAAAUCCAGAUGAAGGUUUCAAGCCGAGUUCGGGAACUGUUCAAGAGCUCAAUUUCCGUUCUAGUGAAAAAGUGUGGGGUUACUUCAGUGUGUCUGCAUCGGGUGGCUUACACGAAUUUGCCGAUUCUCAAUUUGGUCAUUGCUUUUCUGCCGGAGACAAUCGUCAGGAAGCUAGACAAAAUCUGGUGAUCGCACUCCGGGAUUUAUCGAUUCGCGGUGAUUUCCGUACAACCGUCGAAUAUUUGAUUACCCUGUUGGAAACACCAAGCUUCAAGGAAAAUACCAUUGACACCGCAUGGUUGGAUGCGCUCAUUGCUGAACGCAUACGAACUGAAAAGCCUGACAUUAUACUUGGAGUCGUGUCUGGCGCAUUGCACAUCGCCGAUCGAAAAAUCACCGACGCAUUCCGAUCAUUCCAAACAUCGCUAGAAAAAGGACAGAUUCAAGCUGCCAAUACGUUAACAAACGUAAUUGAUGUUGAGCUUAUCAGUGAAGGCGUUCGCUAUAAAGUUCAAGUGUGCAAAAGUGGCCCGAACAACUUUUUCUUGAUUAUGAACGAUUCGUUCAAAGAAGUUGAAGUUCACCGUCUAUCCGAUGGAGGAAUGUUAUUGUCGCUAGAAGGUGGCAGUCACACAACCUACAUGAAAGAAGAAAUCGAUCGUUAUCGCAUCGUGAUCGGCAACCAAACGUGCGUGUUUGAAAAGGAAAACGAUCCAUCGAUUUUACGCAGUCCAUCGGCGGGAAAAUUAAUCAAUUUCUUGAUAGAGGAUGGUGGCUACGUCAACAAAGGUCAACCGUAUGCUGAAAUUGAAGUGAUGAAAAUGGUCAUGACUCUGUCGUCGCAAGAAGCUGGUACUGUUUCGUUUGACCGACGGCCAGGAGCAGUACUCGAGGCUGGUAUGGUUAUCGGACACUUGGAAUUGGAUGAUCCGUCUUUGGUGACUGUAGCCCAACCGUACCAAUUCCCAUUCCCAACCCAUUCCCAACCAUCUGAUAACAAGGAAAAGUUGAACAAGAAGUACAACAUAUCCAAAGUCAUAUUGGAAAAUAGUUUAGCCGGCUAUUGCCUACCGGACAAAUACAACGAAAUACGCCUGAAAACGGUGAUCGAAGAUUUUAUGGGCAGCUUACGAGAUCGCAAUCUUCCAUUGCUGGAAUUGCAGGAGGUAAUUUCAUCGAUAUCCGGACGAAUUCCUGUGUCAGUUGAAAAGAAAAUCAGGAAACUGAUGGCGUUGUAUGAGCGAAACAUUACCAGCGUUCUGUCGCAAUUUCCAUCCCAACAUAUUGCAAGUGUUAUCGACAGUCAUGCAGCCACACUACAAAAGCGCAGCGAUCGUGAUGUAUUUUUCUUAACGACACAAGGCAUCGUACAGUUGGUGCAACGAUAUCGUAACGGUAUUCGUGGUCGUAUGAAGACAGCUGUACACGAACUACUACGUCAAUACUAUGCCGUUGAAUGUCAGUUCCAGUAUGGACAUUACGACAAAUGUGUAACCACGCUGAGAGAGAAACACAAGGACGAUAUGCUUUCCGUCGUCAACACCAUUUUCUCGCACAGUCAGGUAUCCAAGAAGAAUUUACUGGUCACUUCAUUGAUCGACCACUUAAAGAAAAAAGAGCCCGGCUUAACCGAAGAAUUGGCUGCCACAUUGAAUGAGCUGACAUCGCUUAAUCGUGCCGAACAUUCUCGCGUGGCUCUCAAGGCUCGUCAAGUGUUGAUUGCAGCCCAUCAGCCGGCCUAUGAGUUACGACACAACCAAAUGGAAUCGAUUUUCCUAUCAGCUGUGGAUACGUACGGACAUGACUUCCAUCCGGAGAAUUUGCAGAGACUGAUCCUGUCCGAAACUUCGAUCUUUGAUAUUCUUCACGAUUUCUUCUAUCACACAAACAGCAAUGUCUGCAACGCUGCAUUGGAGGUGUAUAUUCGUCGAUCGUACAUAUCGUAUGAGUUAACGUGCCUGGAGCAUGUGGAUGAAUCUUUGUCCGGAAUCGAUGUUCCGCUGGUUCAUUUCCAAUUUAUGCUGCCGACAGCCCAUCCCAAUCGUUUCUCCGACAAUCACGAUGUAUCGGUGACAGAUUCCUUUAUGCGAGCUGGAUGGAUGGCUGCAUUUAAUUCAUUCGAACAUUUCGAAGAGCAAUCCGAAGAAAUCCUGAAGUUAAUCGAAGAUUUUUCAACUCCAGCAUCGAUUAGCAGUAAAGUUUUAGACGCUUUAGAUGUGGCUGAAUCGCAGUCGGAUGGCCAUCGGUUGAGUACAUCCAUUAAUGUUUCGUUGUCUGACCCGGUUACUAGAACUCCAGCCAGUGAUGGUGGCGAACAAAAACCAGGUGAACCGGUGCAUAUUCUAAGCGUAGCUGUACGUGGAACUGAAGACAUGGACGAUAAUCAAAUGGCUCAAUGUUUCGGUUCAUUCUGUAAAUUGAAUCGCGAAGAAUUUUUCAAGCACCGAGUGCGGCGAAUCACUUUUGCAGCUUUGAAGAAACAAAAAUUCCCGAAGUUCUUUACCUAUCGUGCAAGAGACAACUUUGAGGAGGAUAGGAUCUACCGGCAUUUAGAACCGGCAUGUGCCUUCCAAUUAGAACUGAAUCGUAUGCGAACGUACGAUCUUGAAGCGUUGCAAACUGCCAACCAAAAAAUGCAUUUGUACUUGGGCAAAGCUAAAGUUGCCAAAGGCCUACAAGUGACAGACUAUCGAUUCUUCAUUAGAUCAAUUAUCCGUCACUCUGAUCUGAUUACCAAAGAAGCGUCCUUUGAAUACCUACAGAAUGAAGGUGAACGAGUGCUUCUAGAGGCAAUGGACGAACUGGAAGUAGCAUUUUCACAUGAUGAAGCCAAACGCACCGAUUGCAAUCACAUUUUCUUGAAUUUUGUGCCGUCGGUUAUCAUGGAUCCGGCUAAAAUUGAAGAGUCUGUAACGCGCAUGGUGAUGAGAUAUGGUCCUCGUCUUUGGAAAUUGCGCGUUCUGCAAGCCGAAUUGAAAAUGGUUAUUCGACAAGCGCCGCAAGCACCAACCCAAGCAAUACGAUUGUGCAUUGCCAACGAUUCCGGUUACUUUUUAAACAUUGCAAUGUACACGGAAGUCACCGAUAGAGAGACCGGUAUCAUCAAAUUCAUGUCGUAUGGAUCCAAAGAAGGACCUUUGCAUGGACUAGCCAUAUCCACACCGUAUCUCACGAAAGACUUUUUGCAACAGAAACGGUUCCAGGCACAAUCGGCUGGCACUACGUAUGCGUAUGACAUUCCGGACAUGUUCCGCCAAAUGGCUGAACGACAUUGGAAGGAAUAUUCGAAGGCCCGACCAUUGAUUGACAUUCGAAUGCCGGAAAAAGUUUUGUUGGAAGUGGUGGAGUUGGUUGUUGUCGGUGAUACUCUUGAAGAAAUGCAACGAUUGCCGGGUGAAAAUGAUUGUGGAAUGGUUGCCUGGCGCAUCGUUAUUUGCACACCCGAAUUCCCGAAUGGUCGAGAAAUAAUCCUAAUUGCUAAUGACUUAACCUACCUCAUUGGUUCUUUUGGACCGAAAGAAUACGCUAUCUUCAACAAAGCAUCAAUAUUGGCUAGAGAACGAAAAGUGCCCCGCAUUUACAUAUCCUGUAACAGUGGUGCCCGCAUCGGUUUGGCUGAGGAGGUGAAAUCGGCAUUUAAAAUCGCGUGGGAAGAUCCAGACGAACCGGAGAAAGGAUUCAAAUAUUUGUAUUUGUCGACCGAGGACUACAGUAGAUUGGCUGCUAUGAAAUCGUUACGUGCCAUUUUGAUCGAAGAUGAAGGUGAGCAACGAUACAAGAUUACUGACAUCAUUGGCAAAGAUGAUGGACUGGGCGUCGAGAAUCUGCGUUACGCUGGUAUGAUCGCCGGAGAAACAUCGCAAGCUUACAAUGAAAUUGUUACGAUCUCAAUGGUUACGUGCCGUGCAAUCGGCAUUGGUUCGUAUGUGGUUCGAUUGGGUCAGAGGACGAUUCAAAUCGAAAACUCGCACAUUAUUCUUACGGGAUAUGCUGCGCUGAAUAAAUUGCUAGGUCGUAAUGUAUAUUCGUCAAACAAUCAGUUGGGCGGUGUCCAAAUUAUGUGUCCGAAUGGUGUGACGCACAAAACUGACGCCGUCGAUUUGGAUGGUAUUUGGACGAUUCUCAAUUGGCUGUCUUACAUGCCAGAAAAAGUAGGUGGACGUUUACCGGUCGUCUUGCCAAGUGAUCCAAUUGAACGCCCAAUAAGUUUCAUGCCGACAAAGUCACCUUACGAUCCCAGAGACAUGUUAGCUGGUCGGUUGAAUCCAACAAAUCCGGGCGAAUGGGAAAGUGGAUUCUUUGACAAGGAUAGUUUCCACGAGAUAAUGGAACCGUGGGCGAAAACUGUCGUUACUGGUCGUGCACGGCUCGGAGGUAUUCCAGUUGGUGUGAUUGCCGUCGAAACGCGUACAGUUGAAAUUACAAUGCCAGCUGAUCCAGCUAAUCUUGAUUCGGAAUCGAAAACACUGCAGCAAGCAGGUCAGGUGUGGUAUCCAGAUUCAUCUUACAAGACUGCUCAAGCGAUCAAAGAUUUCGGCCGUGAAGAGCUUCCGUUGAUGAUUUUCGCCAAUUGGCGUGGAUUUUCCGGUGGCAUGAAAGACAUGUACGAGCAAAUUGUCAAGUUUGGUGCGUAUAUCGUUGAUGGGUUGCGCGAAUACAAACAACCGGUUUUGGUCUAUCUCCCACCCAAUGCUGAAUUACGCGGUGGAGCUUGGGCUGUGUUGGAUUCAUUGAUUAAUCCACGUUACAUGGAAUCAUACAUGGACCCUGAAUCUCGUGGAGGUGUACUGGAACCGGAAGGAACGGUUGAAAUCAAGUAUAAAGAGAAGGACUUAAUCAAAACCAUCAAUCGUUUGGAUCCAGUCAUUGCAAAUCUCAAACAAAAAAUCACACAAACGGAGGACAAAGAAGUGGUCGCUGAACUCGAAAUUAAGAUUCGCGAAAGGACCCGUUCGAUGUCACACGUUUAUCACACCGUAGCUGUUCACUUUGCCGAUUUGCACGAUACGCCAGAAAGAGCGCUGGAGAAGGGUUGCAUCAACGAAAUUGUAGCGUGGAGAGAAUCAAGAAGCUGGUUGUACUGGCGAUUAAGACGUUUGAUUUUGGAAAACCAAAUGGUCAAGGAAAUCAUGCGUGCACAAAGUAAUCUAUUGGUUGAAGAGGGUAGAGCAAUGCUGUACAGAUGGUUCUUAGAGGAGAAGGGUGCUUCAGAGUCGCACGUUUGGUGGCAGCAAAACAAAGAGAUAGUUGAUUGGCUAGUGACGCAACAGGACACCAAUUCAACCGUACAAUUGAAUUUGAAUGCUGUCAAGAAGGAUGCUGUCAUAUCACAAAUUGAGGAUGCACUUAAGGAUUGCCCGGAAGCGGCGCUUGAUUCCGUUAUUCGAAUAUGUGAGACGUUAACAGCAUCGAAACGCGGUGAAGUGGUUCGUAAAUUGUCCGAAUUAGAGUUUGCUAAAAGCGCUGAAGCUAGCAAUUUAGGUUAGCGAUGUAAUUUCAAUAUAACACAAAAAAGGUUCACGUUCGAAAUGGUGUAAAUCGUCAAUUGUUCAUUUUUCUAUUUACUUCCAUCAAUUUUCCCAUUUCGAACGUGUUCGAACCCCGUCUAAUAUUUAAUUAUUUUUCUUGAUUAUUAUUUCAUUGUUAAGAGAUCAUCAAAUAAUUUUACAAAAAAAAAA